AUGCCUCGACCGGCCCUUCCGCCAACCCCUGGCUCUUCCACAGACAUCAAGGGACAGGACGGCGCCCAGCAGCUCUCAUCGAUUCAUGUUUCUUUCGAACUACCUCCCCCUGCAAUUCAUGAUGCUUCACGCAUUUCACCUACCAAAUCCAAGCACACCUCGCCCGCUCCGACAGCGCCUUAUCCAGCCACGCUAACCUCAUCUUCCCCGCGGACCAUAUAUCCUCUACAGGCUGCCGAGGCAGUCAAAUCACGCCGUCGAUCGUCUGCCGCCAAGGACGCCAAGGACGAGUCCUCCUUUACUCUCCCGCCUCCACCCACUCGAUCGCGAAAGAUUAUCCAAAUGAAGCCCCGAGCACAGGAGGAGGCAGCGACCGAGGUCUCGACCAAAGACUCUGGCAAGGCCGGGGGCAAGGGAGCCACCGGAGCGGCAAGGACGGCAGCCAUCAAGAACAAUGCGACCGCCGAUGCCGGUGGGGCUCAGGGAAAGAAGAGGCAACCCAGCGCCACGAGUGCGGCUGGACGCAAGAUUGCCAGGAAGACUGCCCACAGUCUGAUUGAAAGACGACGUCGCAGCAAGAUGAAUGAAGAGUUUGCCGUCCUCAAGAGCAUGAUUCCUGCUUGUACGGGCGAAAUGCACAAGCUCGCCAUUCUCCAGGCUUCGAUUGACUACGUGAGAUACCUUGAAGAUUGCGUUGCCAAGCUCAAGGCACAACAUGGAGAGAAGAGCAGGGAACAGGCCGCACGCAACCCACUGCCUUCGAUCCGUGACUUUCAUCCGACGUUUCACGCGGACCCCUCCGGCGAUGUGGACAUGUCCGACUCGGACACGGCGUCGCCUCUCUUCGCAGCCCAGCCUGACCACGCACACCCGCCAAUCUCACCGGCUCUGCAACCAGACGAUGUUCGGCACCGACAGCAGUCAUACUCGUCCGUGUCUACUGACCAGCGACACUAUAGCUUCAGCACAUCAGCCGGAGGAGCUUCUCCUGCAUUCGGACCCCAGCGGCACGGCGUCUACUCACAAAGCAGCGCAUCUGGGUCGACGCUCACGAGCCCGGCCCUGAACCCGCAGUCCGAUCUCGACCAGGAAGCCUCUGCAGCGCUGUUGAUGUUGACCAACGACAGACGUGGCACCAAUCCCGCCCUCAACGCUCGGGGCCUGUCGGUCCGAGACCUGCUCAGCACUUAG